ACCGGAUUCUUCCCGUUCUUGCAUCACGUCUGAUUAAGCUUUAUUUCUCCUUUAUUUUAUCCAACUUCACUUUUAUAUUAAUCGACGUUCAGAGUCAACUCGAGACAAGACGAGCUUCCGGUUUCCUGCCCAACCCCUUCACAUCUGCAGCCGAAGGUGACGAUAUCACGUGAAAUGUCUGCUCCUCACUAAAAUACUCCUAAAAAAUACUACUGAAAAAUACUACUGAAAAAGCGACGGGAAACCCCAGGGCACUGAUUUCAGCAGUUUUAGUGUUGCCCGAACAUGGAUCCCGCUCCAGAUCUCACAAUCGUCCUUCUGGGAAACACCGGAGUCGGUAAAAGUGCUUCAGGAAACACCAUCCUGGGGUACCAGGCCUUUGAGUCAGGACCUUCCCUCAGGUCAUUGACAAGAGUUUUGUCUGAAAAAUCUGAAACUGUGUUUGGGAAACGGAUCUCAGUGAUCGACACUCCGGGAAUUUUAGGACGUGAGGGGAAGAUUCAGACCGAGUGUCAGCGUGUCCUGCAGUCCUCCGUACCUUGUCUGUUCCUGGUGGCUGUCAGCGUCGGACGGUUCACAGAAGAACAAGAGAAAGCUCUAAACGCAGCCAUCGCAGUCCUCGGGCGGGAUGGACCAGAAAAGAGUUUUAUACUUUUCACAAACGGGGAUGCCUUGAAGAAGAUGUCAGUGAAGGAUUUCAUCUCUGAAGAAGAAGAAGGUUCACUUCCAGAGAUCGUUGGAAGCUUUGCAGGGAGGUUUCAUCUCUUCAAUAAUGUGAAUGGAGGACAGGAACAAGUCAAAGAACUGCUGAUUAAGUCCGGUCACCUUCAAGGACCUUAUCAACCACCAGCUGUUGGUGCUGUCCAGUUGGAGCAAAUGAGGAUCGUGCUGCUCGGUCUUCCUGGAGAAGGGAAGAGUUCAUCAGGAAACACCAUCCUGGGAGCGGAUCUGUUUAAGUCAGACUUGGACUUUAGUGCAGUCAGUACAGAGACUGUUUCCAAGUCAGCAGAGGUUGAGGGACGCUGGGUCACGGUGGUCGACACUCCAGGAUUCACUGAUGAAGUUCUGUCUCCUGAACAGCUGUACAACGAGAUUAUGAAGUCGCUAACCGAUGCCAGACCAGGACCACAUGCCUUUGUUAUUGUGGUGAAGAUUGGCAGGAUGUCCAAAACCAACGUUGCCCUACUUGAGAUGCUACCGGAACUAUUCGGCGAAGAGGCCCAGAAGUACACCAUGUUGGUGUUCACUCAUGGAGAUGAGUUGGGAGGUCAGUACAUGGAUCAGAAGAUCCAGUCGAGCAGCUGUGUGUCAGCCCUGGUAUCCAUGUGUGCUGGGAGAUACUGUGUGUUUGACAACAAAGGAAGAAAACGCAAAAGGCAAGUUUGUGACUUCAUGAAAAAAAUCGAUGAGAUAGUGUCAGCCAACGGAGGAAAGCACUGCACGUCCGACAUGUUCAAGAUGGCCGAAGCGUUCCUUCACGAGGAAGCUGUGAGAACCGGGACAGCUGGAAGCGACCAGGCACAGAGAGAAGCUGCACAGAGAAGAAUGCAGCUUUUUAUUUCCCGGCGCUGGUGGAGGAUCUGUUGCUGUUUCACAUCAUGCUGUUGUUCAGCCAGUGGGUCAGAAGAUGAACAUGAGGCUCUUUUAACGGCCACAACAGAUUACAGGUCAUCUGAGAGACCGGUACAGAUUACAGGUCUGUCCACGUAGAAUCAUAAGUGUAAAUAUAUAUUUUAACACUUAAAGUCCAGACACGACUAUAACAAUGAUGGUGGCCAACGCUAUCGUUGGGAUUGACUUUCAGAGCAAUUCAAUGAACAAUAAAAAAGGAGAAGAAAGAAAAUAAGACAGAACAGGAGCUUUAGGUGUUUGUUUUUGUAGCAAUAUUCCAUUACACUGCAUGAUAAAUGUCUCUUUAAAUAUUUUUGUAUAAUGUUUGAAUCCACAGUGACUGAUGGACAUGCAUGAGGACAUAAUGGAAACUGACCACAUUUAGUCCACAUAUUUUCAUACUUUAAUAUUUGGACCAAAACUUUUAGAGUUUCAGGGAGCUGAGCAACUUAAUGUAUAAUUGAUCAACAU